AUGUCUACUCAAAAGGAAGAAGAACCACUAGUUUUUGCUCCAAAGACUUACCAAUACGAAAAAGGAUCACUUGAGAUUGAUCAAGUUGAUCAAAAUCCAAUAAUUCAAUUCAAGAAAUGGUUUGAUGAAGCUCAAAAAGAUGAGAAAUUGCCAGAGUCUGCAAAUUUUGCCACUGCUGAAUUACCUUCAGGAAGAGUUUCUUCAAGAGUUGUUCUUUUCAAAGAAUUGGAUCAUAAAGGAUUUGUCGUUUAUUCAAAUUGGGAUAGUUCCAAAAAGGCCAGAGACAUCAAGUCAAACCCACAAGCUGCUCUAACUUGGUUUUGGCCUAAUCUACAGCGUCAAGUAAGAGUUGAAGGUAAGACUGAGUUUGUUCCAAGAGAAAUUUCUCAAAGAUACUUUGAUACAAGACCUAGAGGUUCACGUAUUGGUGCUUGGUCAAGUCCUCAGUCCAGCGUUAUCAAGAGCCGUGAAGAGUUUGAUGACGUUUAUUCCAAAAGAGAAAAAGAAUUCGAAGGUGUUGAUGAAAUCCCAUGUCCAGAGUUUUGGGGUGGGUUAAGAAUUAUACCACUAGAGAUUGAAUUUUGGCAAGGACGCCCAAGUCGUUUACAUGAUCGUAUUGUUUACAGACGUGAUUCUGAAGAUCAACCAUGGAAUUUGGUUAGAAUAGCACCAUAG